GCAGGAAUAUCAGCAAUUCGUCGGGUUCGAAAAACUGAUAACAAUCGCAUUGCACGUGCGUGUGGUGCUACUAUUGUGAACCGCACUGAUGAACUAAAGGAAGAUGACGUGGGAACAAAAGCGGGUCUUUUCGAAAUUAAAAAGUUUGGGGAUGAGUACUUCUGUUUUAUCACUGAAUGUGAAGACCCAAAAGCUUGCACAAUAUUGUUAAGAGGUCCAAGUAAAGAUAUUCUAAAUGAAGUGGAAAGAAACCUUCAAGAUGCGCUCCACGUAGCUCGUAAUAUUUUGAUUGAGCCAAAGUUAGUACCAGGAGGUGGUGCUGUAGAAAUGGCACUCUCUCAGGCUCUUACAGAGAAAGCAAAGAGUGUACAGGGUGUUGGUCAGUGGCCGUAUCAAGCAGUUGCCCAGGCUCUGGAAGUCAUUCCUCGAACUUUGGCACAAAAUUGUGGUGCAAAUACAAUUAGGACACUGACUGCAUUACGAGCUAAACAUGCCACAGGUACAGUUCAAACACUUACUAUAACAAGAUACCAAAGUUGA